AUGGCUACCUCUACCGCCCCUCUCCUCUACCGGGAGACGCGACUGAACCUCGAUCCGCCCUACGCAGGCUCUACCAUUGGCGUCACGCUCCCGCCUCACAGCACCUCCGCUUUCCUGUCGCGCCCCAAGGGCAAGCGCAUUAUUGUCGAAGAAGGCAACACCAGCUCUGAUGAGACGUCCUUCGCCCGUCGCCACCUCGCGGCAAACGACGCCUCCAUCUUCUUCCGGCGCAAACAUCCAUACCCGCGGACUUUCCUGUGGAGGAUUCUGGAUGACCGCAAGGUCCUGGAGCUGCGUUCAGUAGACCUGACCGUCGACCGUCACCACAAAGGCGAGGCCAUUUUGACGCUGUUGCUGAGCUUCCCCAAUGCCAUCCGUCCGUUUGGUGUUGCUCUGGCCGAGCGCGAAGAUCGCGACGCGCUCAACGUCUUUGUCUUGACCACCGCCAACGAGCUCUACACGCUCGAUUUGCACAAGGAUUUCUUCAUUCGCCCCGCCGCUACCGAGAUCGACGUUGACGUCUGGUGCAAGACGUGUAUUCCCUCCGCGUUCAGCUUCCGUUACCCAUACCGCAUAGUCGCCAGCAGCGCGCUUGAGCUGUUGGUCUCACUACACGACGGAGGUCUGCUUCGAUUAAACAGAACUGCCGCAUCGGAUGGCUCCUCCUGGCGCGAGACUUUCUUUUCCGAAGGUGGUUGGGGCUCAGCUUUCAAGAGUUUGAUCCCGUGGAAAGGCCAUAACACCGUCCGCUUCGGCACUCUUGAUCUCGAGGCAUCGACCGCGGCCGCCAUUGCCCUAUCUCCGGACGAGAAGCACAUAUUCACGGUCUCUCUGAACCAUAUCCUGAAGGCGUGGAAUCUGGAAACCGGGAAAAUCGGCGUGCAAACGGAUUUGCUUGGCGAGAAUGACAGGGACCCUCAGAAACUGGCUCAGUUUUUCAUUGGGGCAGAGCAGCCAAAGUUGAUGGAGGUCCUAGAGGUCCAGGCUCCACAGGACGGUGAUGAAUAUUUUGUCGUCACCUACUCGCCGAAGCGCCAUCAAUUCAAGUUCUGGGGUGUUAGGGACGCUGACGAUGUGGAGUUCGGCAUCCACGACGUUCAAUCAGACUUCGUGUUCGUUCCGCCGGUCGAUGAGCUCAUGAAUACUACCGUCUGGAACAUGGAAGAGUUUCAUUUCAAAGCUCGGCCCGGCUGGAGAAGCUCCGAACUCUGGAUCCGUGUCAGGUCAGGCCCCAGGUGCAUGGUAUUCACGCUAAAAUUCGACCUUUAUGACUCGGCCGAGCAACUUGCCGACAUCUGGAGAAACAAUUGGGUGGCUGUGGACUCGGGCUCGCUCACGGUGGAGGCUCUGAAGGCGUCGCCCGCAUACCCGAUUGAGCCGAACCUCGAAGACCCAUCGAUCCACUCGCAAAGCGUUUCCGAGCAGUGGAUCGAUUUCUUGUUUUACCCCGGUCGCUUCACGAGCGCGACGCUCGAAACUGCUCUGUGCGUCUACCGGCGUGGCCUUGGCGAUUCUGCCACUCGUACACUCGUAUUGAGCUCCAGUGCCAAGGCACCGAUCAAAGACCAGAUCUCAGCCGCGGUCGCCGCGAAGGUUCCCACCAGGCACCUUCCAGAUGGUCAGAUCGAUUUCGAUCAGUAUGAGGUCGACAUGGCGGGACAGUGGCAGGUGUUCUAUGGCGUAAUCAAGGACUUGCACAAGCGCCGCGGCGAGCCUGUCGCAUUAGCUCUCGACGUCGAGGAUGACCUCCCUUGGCUGCUUCUGUCAGAUUACGCGACGCCCGUCAGGGCGUGUAGCGAGGUCGAGAUACUGCGGUUGAACGAUGAAACGCUUGCCUCUCUCGAAGAGCCCGCCCUCUCGAGGCCGCUCUUCAAGGCCCUGAAGGACGACUUGUCGAUAGAUGUCGCCAAGCUUCUCACUGCUGCUUCUUCGUUCCGUAAUUCAUUCGUCGCUUCAUUCCGGGAUCAACUGGCGCUCGCUGUCAAGCGUGAGAUCUGCCAAGAAGAUUCGUUCUCGAUUCCCGAUCGUAUGAAGGCCUUUGAAGCUUGCUGUGGUCUUUGCGAGCAGGUCACCGACGAGGAUUUCGAGAAGCUUGAGUCACUGCUUGAGGACCUUGGUGGUUUCGCUGGCGUGACCCAAGAGCUUGUAUUGGCGGCGUUGGAAAGGUUAGUGGAGGAUGAGCGAGGCCACCAUCACCAAAGAGCCAUUACCGGCUAUGGUGCAAAGUCUCUGAUUAGAGGCGCUCAGGAGAUUUUGAGCCUCACGCAUGAGAUUCUCCUCGACCUCCUCGUGCUCAUCGUCUUCAUGAGCCAAGAACUCGAAGCUCAAGAGACGCCCUCCCUCCAGCCUGCCGACAUCUACCCUGACAUAAUCGAGAGGCUGAAGGGCAUCACCAUCUCCAAGUGGCUAGUAGCGGCGGUGCGAGCUGACCCGAAGCCUCGGUCACGACGAAGCUCUGUCGGGGAGCCCAACUCAGCCGAGAACCCUGUAAUCAAGUCGACGGCAGUGGUGACAUUGUUUGAGAGCCUCUUCAUCGGCGACUGGGCAGAGUUGAAGACGCCUUCAGCACCCGCUUCGGAGCUCAUUACUUAUUGGUGUCGCUCAUGGUCGUUUGGCCUUCCUCUGCCGGAAAACUGGGAGUUUGUGGGUGCUGGGGUUCUGAGCAAUCUGCUCAAGUACGGCAACUUGGACUUGGCCACCGACUUUUUGCCGUUCGUCCCCAACAGCAUCUGGGGGACUUACCUCAAAGGGCGCUAUUACCUUGCGGUCGGGGACUUCAAGCUGGCCAGCACAUAUCUCAACAGAGUCAGCUUCGGAUGUGCGAAAGGGUUCUUCGACAUCUUCAACACCGACCUCUACAAUUUCCUCAGCCCCAACGAGAAGGAGUACUUCCACGAGGGCCUGUCAAGGUUUUGCCAGCAUGUCAUGUACCUGUUCGAGAAGGCAAAAGCGCACGCCUAUGUCAUGCAGUGGGCGGAGGCGGCGCUGUUUGCGGUUCAGACCGAGGACCACGAGCAGACCAAGAUGCUCAAGCAGGAAGUGCUGUCGAGGCUCUUCCAGGCUUGCGUGCAAUCUUCAAAUUUCCGCGAGGCGUACGGCGCCCUAUCCCGGUAUCCGGAUAACAGCCUCCGAAGAUCGGCCCUGGCGACGCUGGUCAAGACGAUGAUCAACCAGAACCAGAUGCCCCUGCUCAUCACCUUCCCCUUCACCAGGCAGCUGGAGGACGUGGAUGCGAUUCUCGCUGGACUGUGCAGAGAGACGGUCAGCGUGAGCAGCGGGCCGGCCUUCCACCGGCUGCUGUACGCCUUCCGCAUCGCCAAAAAUAAUUACCGGGGGGCGGCGCAGAUCUUGUAUGAUCUUAUUACGCGGCUGAAAUCAUCAUCUGCGGCGCUACAGGACCCCAAGGACGAGAGCAUCACGCAGGCGUACCUGACGCUCAUCAACACGCUCAGCCUGGUGACGGAGCAGGACCAGUACCUGCUGGUGGGGCAGCGCGAGGGCGAGGGUGGGCUGAAGGGCGUGCCGGAUGGCAAGGCGGCGCCGAGGAGGCUGGUGACCCUGGAGGAUUUACGCAGGGAGUACCAAGCCGAGCUGGACCGUGUUGCGGCUAUGGAGACGGGCCGUUUCGCGUUCAGUGCAGGCGGCGGCGACGAGAUGGAGGUGCUAUGA